AUGAAGCUUCUGCUUCUUCUUUUUCUGUGCUCAUUUCACUGUAUCGGUGCGCAGGAUCUGAAGUCGUUGAUAGACUUCUGUGCAAAAGCUCCGGCAACUCCACCAAAAUCACUUAGUGAUAAAAUCAAACUUCCCGAUGUUUAUAAGGUGACUGGAUCAUUCACAGAUUUUAUCAAGGCCACAACAUCGCUUCUUGUUGAAAGUUCAUCUCCUCAGUUCCGUGUGCUUCAGUCACACACGCGCAAUCAAUUGCCUAACAAAUGGAUUGAAGAACUUACUGGAGAAAAAGCCAGCAUGUUUGUGAACAUGACAAGCGGCGAAUGCACGGGAAUGUCACCGAAACCAAAGUUGAUUAAUUACCCAUCGCUCAAUAAAGUCAUCGGAGACGACUCGUCAUCCUUCGCCAGUAUGAUUAAUGGCCUUUUGGAAUUCAAUAAAGCACAAAGCGGCUAUGUGGUUGACAAUGAAUCAGAGAUUGUUGCCGGCGUCAACACGGUAAAAUGGAUUUCCUGCGUAAACGGAACCGCUGUGAAUGAUACAAAGCUGAUUGUCGAGGUGCGAUAUGCCGAUGAUCUUACGCCCGCUGCUGAGGAUCCAUUCGGAAGCCCGCUGCUCGUUUCGAUUCGUAUUGCGGAAUUGCCAACAUUCAACAGCACCACGCCAAUCAAUCAUGUUUCUCUCGAACUUGACCGCUAUGAAUUGCCUUCCGGAAACGAAGCUUCGCUUCCUCAUGGAAUUUAUUGCUCAAAGAGAAACAGCACUAAUAUUCCAUUGAAAAACAUGGAUGAAUAUGCGGCAUUCCUUGAUUAUUACGAUCAUUCGACGAACACUUCAGAAGUUAUUGAAAUUCUUUAUUCGAAAUCUCGCCAAAUCUUGAUAAUCAGUGGAAAUUCUUUGCAAAAUGGUGUACAACUUAUUAGAGCUUCAAAUGAGCUUUUCAAGAACGGAACUGAUUAUUUGGUUCACGAUUUCAAAUAUGGAUAUCAAUUCGCGAUGAGCCGCGAUGCAUGCCUUGAUUUUGGCACCCUUUUCCCGAGUACUUAUGAUGUCAUCAAAGAAAUCAACGAAACCAUCGCAAUGCGAAAAUUGGAAGAAAUGUUGAUUGAUCCGUUGCUCCGCUUUGAUCCAUACGAAAAUGAUAUCGAUAUUGUUGGACUCCCAUUGAGAACAUUUCGUGCGUAUGAUGUUCGUGAUGAUACGAUUUACGAGGCACACUUGACAACUGAUAACGAGCUUCUCUCAUUAGCAAAAUUCCAUACGGGGUCGAAAAAACUGGGAACUACGCUGACCAUUACGCCAAUCCCUGUGGAAUCGUCAAGAUUGAAUAUGAAACUUGUGCAAUUGUCGGAUUGUUACGAUUCUGGAAAAUUUGCCAAUAAUACGUGGAUUAUGAACAUCAAAAACAAAAAUGUGACGGAUAUUGAAAAGGUUGGAUUGAAUGCAUUGAACGAGGCGCUAACAACUUCAAUUACCAAUAAUGUCUAUCCAGUUAUUCCAUAUCGUAUUCUCACCUUCUGGGUUGAAGAUCGUAAUGGCGGAUUGUCGAUUAUGCUUCGUGUUAGUGAGAAAUCGCAGAUUCAACCAGCAAAUGUUGCCGGAUACAACUAUACGGCUGAAUUGGGAUCGUUUGAGCUUUUCAAGUUGAUUAAUGAAACUAUUUAUGCUGAUAAGCUGCCAAUUCAAAUAGUCAAGGUUGAUGGAACAAAAGAGGAAUGGUCAACCGACGCGAAUAGUAUGAAAUUGUUCCCACCUGAGACUGACAAUGGAUUUAUCGGCUACACUGGAGGAGCUAUGUUCGUUCUCGCCGUCUUCUGCCUUCUGAUCGGAGUCUCGAUAGGUGCAGUUGGCGUAUUUGUCGCUACGCGUCGUCAACGCAUUUCAACACUUGCUUACCAAGUGUUCGAAUAA